UCAGAUUGCAGUCAUCUGCGAAUGAGUCUAUUUUUAACUUUUACAAGAAAUUGCAGCAAAUAAGUUGCAAUUUGUUAAUUGUCGCCUCAGCGUUUAGAGUUUUUUGCAAUGGUUUAAUAUUUUCAGAAGUUACAUAAGAGCAAGCAGAUAUGGCGCUGCCCGAGGGUUUGUCCAACAAAAUGAAGGUUUUCCAGGCUGUCAACGAGCUGCCCGUUUUCCUGAAAGGUGGGCCUGCGGACAAAAUCUUAUUUGGCAUAACUGCAGGACUGUGCGGCGUUGGUGUCUUAAGCUUCGUCCAUUUGGUCUACACAAUGGGAUUUGCCAAGAAGAAGGCUUAAAUUAAAAUUAAAGCGUUAAAUAAAAGAUUUCUUGAUUAAAAAGAGAUUCAUAAGAUA